ACUAUCUCUUAAAUCUUCUCUUCUCCAUCUUAACACGCUUUCUUUGACCAUACACCAAUCUCCAGCAAAACCCACAGCUUUGACAGCCUCUCUUUCUCUAUACAAACAGUGAGUUACAACAAGACUCUUUCUCAUAACUCACCCAACUUGCUACUUAUUCUCCUCAUCACACUUCUAAUUAAGCUUCUCUCUGUUUUCCUUUCUCUUCUUCUCUAUCACUCUUUCUCUGUUCAUUCGUAAGGAGAACUUAAAGAAACAAAGAUGGUUAGAUACCAACGUUAUCAUCAACUUAAGAAACCUAGUUUACUAAUCAAACAGCAACAACAGCAAGGAGAUGAAGAUUCACAGACCCUUAUCUUUGAAUUCGGAAAUAACAACUAUUUCUACUGUAAAAAACCCAAAUUUGUGUUUCUAUUCCUUUUAGUUCUUCUAUCUUGUUGCUUGGUCUUUGCACCUCAUCUCUUCACUCUCUAUACUUUUGCAGUAGGAAACGAUGGUUACUUCUUUGAUACAACAAGAGAUUAUGUUCCUAUUUGUGCUUCGAUUACACCUGGGAAUAUAUGCUGUGAUAGAAGUAGUAUCCGUUCAGAUGUUUGUUUCAUGAAAGGGGAUAUAAGAACUCACUCUAUUUCAAAAUCAAUAUAUCUCUACUCAUCCAAAAACAUCAGUAAUGGAAGAAAACUACAGAAACAAAAAGGUGAAGUAAUCAUACAACAUGAAAAGAUUAAACCCUAUACUAGAAAAUGGGAGAAGAAUACAAUGGAAAGAAUUGAUGAAUUGGACUUAUUUGCUGUUAAGAAAUCCAAGAAGAAUAAAGCAGAUUCAAAUCCAUGUCAAGUUAAACACUCAGUUCCAGCUGUUUUCUUUUCUAAUGGAGGUUUAACUGGAAAUGUUUACCAUGAGUUCAAUGAUGGGAUUCUUCCUUUAUUCAUCACUUCCCAACACUUGAAGAAGCAAGUUGUUUUCGUUAUUGUGGAAUAUCAUGAGUGGUGGUUUACAAAGUAUGAGAAUAUUCUAUCUCAACUUACGGAUUAUCCAGUGAUUGAUUACUUUGCUGAUAAUAGAACGCAUUGUUUCCCUGAGGCUAUUGUUGGUCUUCAAAUUCACGAUGAACUUGCAGUGGAUAGUUCACUGAUGCAGGGGAAGAAUACGUCAAUUCGAGAUUUUCGUGAGCUUCUUGAUCGGGCAUACUGGCCUAGAAUCAGCGGAUUGUUAGAUGAGGAAGAAGCUGAAUUGAAGGCAAACAUGUCUUCAUUACCUCCGUGGAUGGCUUCUUUGCGAGAAGAAGAAGAAGAGAUAAAGCAAGCAGAUUUAAAGACAAAGCCGAAACUAGUGAUAAUAUCUAGAAAUGGGUCGAGGUCGAUAAACAAUGAAGAAGAUAUGGUGGAAUUAGCUGAAGCUAUUGGCUUUCAGGUAGAAGUGCUGUAUCCAAAUCCAAGGACAGAGUUAGCGAAGAUAUAUCGAGUACUCAAUUCCAGUGAUGUCAUGAUUGGUGUUCAUGGAGCUGCAAUGACACAUUUCAUGUUCAUGAAACCAGGUUCCGUAUUUCAUGUCAUGAUUGUAUGGUAAAUACAGCGAAGACGAUCCGGUCCUUGCUGAUCCCGACAGUGUUAAUGCUAAAGGAUGGGAGUAUACUAAAAAGAUCUAUUUAGACGGGCAGAGUGUGGAUUUGAAUCUUCGACGAUUCCGUAAACGAUUGGUUCGAGCUUACGAGUAUAUGCAACGGAGAAAACGGCAUGGUGCACACUAAGAGGUAAACCAGCACCAGUCAUACAAAUUUACCAAGUAAAGCUGCAGAGUGUGGAUUUGCAUCUUCGGCAGUUUCGUAUAGCUCAAGCUUACAAGCAUAUCAUUGAGAAAACUGCAAGGUCCAUACUAGUGGAGGUAAACCAACAGGCAUGCAAAAUUGUCCAAGUUCAGCUUCUACUUGAGUGUAACUUUGGAUUCAUUGCUUGAAUUUAUGUAUACAGGAAAGCAAAAUGUAUGUAGAUAUAUGUAUUUUAUGUUUUUUUGGUGUACAAAAAGUAGAAGAAACUUAAAAAAGGAUGUUGAUUUUUUUUUCUUUGGUUAACUUUUAAAUGGAACAAAUACUGAAAUUCUUUUUGUUUA